AAGACGCACGCGAUCGCGGUACAAGUGUUCGAGGAUCUCUCGGGGUUAACAGUGCGUUCGAGCGCGCGCGACGACGGUGAACCGUCGGUGGAGCACGCCGGACGCGGUGAAGACGACCGUUCGGGUUCGUCGUCUCGAUACGAAGGUGGAGGAGGCGGCGGCGCACGAUGAGACGGACGACGAGAGGAUGUCGCGCGGACGUCGCGGGAUUCGUCGUCGUCGUCCGCCUGCCCCUCGACGAAACGAGGCCCGGGAUAGCCGCGACGGGGCCCGCCACGCGCUGACGGGACCGGGACCCAUGGUGCGCGAUGAUCUGAUGGGACGAGUCAUGUCCCGCGUCCUAGGGACCCUGCCGGCGCGCUCGACGCUCCUCACGAGCCUCGCCGCGGCCCUCUUUGUACUCUCCUGCUGCUCCAGGUGCGCCCGCACCAGCGAGUUCCCCGAGAGAGAGUGUUGCGACCUGAUAUUCCCCAUACCGGAGCCCACGGGAAGAUCCACCUCGGCGCCCACUCCCACGGGCAGAAGCGGUUCGGACAUCAAAGUACCAGUGGCCAUACUGAACUGUCUCUACGCUCGUCAAUUGUGCUUCGAGGAUCCAUCCUGCAGCGCGAUUCUGGAAAUCAUACCGAGAGUCUGCGGUCCCGAAUUGGUGGCCUGUUCGACGGUGACGGUGACAAAGUGUCAAGCAGCCCUGCACACUCUGCAAGCCUUCCCCUUCUUUCGACCAACGUGCCUCUGCAGAGAGCCGCAUGUAGAUCCGGAUUGCAACAGCUUCCAGAACUUCCUCUUCGACCAUCCCUGCAUCUACGUCUUAAAGAAGGACAAGGACUCGUACCCCAUCGACGCCCUGCCUACCUGCAACCACGCGCUGAGCGUCUGUUUGCGCGGCAAACCGUGCAGCCAGAUAUUCGAGGACUUCAAAAGCAACUGCAAAGCGCGGGAGGGCAAGUGCAGGAUGGAGAGCCGGAACGCCUGUCACGAUUCCUGGACCCAGCUGCGGCUGUCGCCAAUGUUCGGCUGCAUCUGCCCGAACAAUCAGAUCAAGAAACGCUGCGACAGGAUCUUCUCGAUGGUGAAUCACAAUCCCUGCGUUGAGUUCCUGCCCUCCUCCACCUCCGUAGACCUGUCGGGCACGGACUCGGCCCUGUAUCCGUUCGACCCGCAGCAGGAGAGCUACCAGGAGAUCUGGUUACCACCGACCAGUAUGUACCCCUAUUUUCUGUUCCCCGGGGCCGCGCGCACCUCGUACUACGACCACGAGAGCACGUACGACGUCCAGGAGCCCGGGCAGAGGCGUCAGCACGGCCACCGUCACCAGCACGGCCGUCAUCAGGAAGCGCCGGAGUUGCCCGGGAGGCCCGGUGUGCUCGUGGUCGAGGCGUACGAUCCGCGCGGCGAUCACGAGAACCGGCAGGGGGCUCGUGCUGGCGCCGACAAUGAGCACCAGAGGGAAAAAGAUCACUCGAUGGAGGGACCUGGGAGCUUCUAUGACCGCGGCUCUUCUUCUUCAUCUUCCUCCUCUUACUCUUCGUCUUCUUCCCCUUCUUCAUCUUCUUCUUCUUCUUCCACGUUGUCCAAGCAUGAUCGUGCCUCCAGCACAGUGCACCUGCAGCCAAGGCACUCCCAAAGCGAGCAUGACGCACACCUGCACCAUCAUCACCAUCACCAGCACCACCAGCACAACCCUGCACCACCCGCACCACCGUUCGCCGCGACGUCGUCGUCGUCGUCGUCAUCGUCGUCGUCGUCGUCGUCGUCGCCGAGUUAUCCGCCGCCUCGUCCAACGCCUACCGUGGGCGAGACGAAACGAGUCGAGAGGCCCGACCUGGUGCAGCCGAAGAAAUUCGCGCCCAGGCCCACCUACGAGCACCGGGCGAUCUUCGAUCGCGCCGACGACGACCUCGAUGACCACGAAUUCAGGAUCGGCGCGCUGCCAGUCGACCGGCUCUUCGAUCUCCGCGAGGCCUUCGAAGGGUUCGUCGACCAAGUGAAGGUCAUCGCGCACCCGGACAACUCGACCAGCUUCGAGGUGAUCGAGUCGCAGCUCGAGAACCCGCUGAUUGACGCCGAGCACCAGGAUCUGCUGGCCAUGCAGCAGCUCUCCGUCCCAGGCGGCCAUCAUCACAAACAGCAUCGCAAAAAGAACCAAACGGACGAUCACGAUCAAACGUCGGUGGUGUUGCCAUCAGCAGCCUCAGACCUGGACAAGCUGCAGCAGCCAGUGAAGAUCGUGCUCUCCAGCACCUGUCAUCACGCCUACACAGCUUGCAAGAACGAUCCGGAGUGCAAGGUCCUGCUGGAGCCCGUCCUGAACCACUGUGACUCCCUGAAUUGCGCGAGGAACGAGUGCAUGGAGGCGUUGCAGGGCUUCUACAAGUCCGCGAACCACAAACACUCUGUGGAGAUAGCGUUCUGUCUCUGCAGAAAGACGGAUGGGAAGAAGGACGAGUGCAUAGUGGCGCAGGAGAAAAUGCAUCCUGCAUGCGCGCAGAGAAUCGUCGGGAACGAGACGCCGACAUGUCACAGUUUGGCAGAGGCCUGCAAAGAAAACAGGGGUUGCAGAAUGAAGUUGGAAUACUACGAGCAAAGUUGUGCCGUGGACAGCGUGACGAAGAAGUGCGCUGGGCCCACAACAGAGUGCAGGAAAGCGAUGCUGGGGAUCCUGGGCACCGAGCUGAGAUCAAACUGCGCCUGCAAGGGCACCGAACUCACGCAGCUCUACGACUGCCUCGGCUGGCAGAGGCUCCUUUGGGUGAAUCCCUGCGUAGUCGAGUCACAGAAGGACUAUCACGCGAGGAGAAAACACCAUCAUUAUCCGAGAACGACGACUACGACCGUCUCGUCGACGACCAGGUCGCCAGUUAGCACAACCACGGUCACGGUGGUCGGACAAGUAGAAGAUAAUCAAAUACCGGAAGUGACGAGGUGGUCAACCACCGAACCCACGGAAACUUGGGAAAUCACCACGACUACGACAACCACCACCACCAGCACUACCACUAUGAGCACUACACCCAGCACCACCACCACCACCACCACUCCUCCUCGCUUCUGCGUGGUUCAAAGGCCGAGGCAAAGUCACCAAUACAUAAGAGAGGGCAAAGGCAAGAGGCUCUAUCGCGAGGACGAGCCGGAGUGCUCGGAGCUCUGUCAGUGCGGCGAGGGCGAGGUUUUGAUCUGCAACACGAUCUGCGUGGAUUCGUCGCCCUGCAAGACGGACUUUGCCUUCUACAAUCACGAGGCACCGGCGUAUCAGGCGCAUCGCGGACCCUGCCUCUGCUAUAGCGGUCGUUUCAUAUGCAUGCGGCCUUCGCCCGAUGCUUACUCUAUACCGCACGGGGUUUUCAUGUUCCUGGGAUACAGCGAAAAGGACGAGAGCUUAUUACGACAGCAUAACAAUCUCACAGUCCUGGACGCGGUGUCGUCCCUCGAUAACUUCAUGAGAGAAGAAGUUAACAAUCAGACAGUGUGCACGCUCUUCUUGUACAACGCGACCCGAGAAAACGUGAUUGCAGUGGCGCGUCUCGGGACUGACAAUCCACCUCUAAAUAGCAGCCAGGCUCAAAGUCUGCAGCACCUUCUGCGCGUCAAGGAGGAGUGCGGUUCGAUGCUCCAGGACCUCAGCGACAAGAUCAACAACAAGCACCACGAGGUCCACACGCAUCCUCUGCUCUCGAUCUUCAAGAUGGCGGAGGUCGAGGUCAAGCUGCCCUACAGCAACGAGGUGGGCGGCCUGACGAGGUCGUCGAGCUUCCUCCUCGUCGCGAUCCUCCUGCUCCUCAGCCUCCUUCGAUCGACGUCCACGUGUCUGGUCGGAUCGUGACACGAGCCCCUCGCCACCAGUCCACUCCUAUCGAAGAGCGAUGAUUCUUGAACGCCUAGGGACACGUGUUGCAGUAAGGACGAAGGGGUCAGGAGGUCAUCAACGAACGAGAGUUAACGCCUCGAUUAUUUGAACGGGGGCUCUAAUCUUCGUGCCUCGUGGAUCACAGCGACGUAGAGAGAUGUUCGUCGAUCUCCCCCCCGCGAUCGAGGAUCAAUCCCACUCUAUCGACCUUGAAGCUCGAUCGCGGGGGGAACGACGGUGUAUAAACGAAAAAAAAAGAAAAUCAUAUGGAAAGGCAUCCGUAGAGUCUGUAAAUGACAAAAAAAAAACCGCUAAUUUAUGGUAUAAUUAAUAAGCUAGGAAAACGACCGCUCCUCCUAUAUCGGACCACUAAGUGUUUGUUAAAGUUCAGAGCUAAAUCUAAAAAAAAGAGCGUUCGAGGCGUCAGCGAGAGACUCGAGUGUGUAGAUAACUGUAGAUUGUUGAUAACGUUGUAAC